GACUCGUCUCUCAUUUCUGAUCUGAUCCUUUACCCAACCUAUGAUAAUGACCCUCAAAGCCACCUCAGUCGCUGGACUCCUGCUCACUCUCUCUGGAUUGGAGGCCAUAGUGCAUCUGACCCAGGAGAAAUCCAUUGACUUCACUUUGGGGCAGGAUGUCCAGAUUCUCUGUAGAAGAGAUGGCGGUAGCUGGUCGAUUUCAUGGUACCAGCAGAAAGCUGGAGGUACUCCUACCUUCAUACUAGCUGAUAGCUACAGGGCCAGUGGUCUUCCCAGCAGAUUCACUUACACUGACAAUGGAUCAGAUGAAUAUCUCAACAUCAAUGGAGUUCAGGCUGAAGACGAGGCAGUUUAUUAUUGCGGCUGCAUCAUCUGUCAGUCACAUGGCAGCAUUGGCCAAGGCACUGAGUUAAGGCUGGCUCGUCCGGCGUCUCCUCCAUCGCUGGCCCUGCUGGCCCCCUCUCAGUCUGUCCAGUCCGGAGAUGAGGUCAGUGUGGUCUGUAUGGCGAGGGGCUUCCACCCUGACAGUGUUGCUCUGUCCUGGGCUGAGGACGGCAGCGCUGUGGCGGGUCCUGACGUCCAGACCGGAUCGUCCCAGCGCCAGCCUGACGGCACCUUCUCCCAGAGCAGCAUCCUGAAACUGAAUGCUGGACGCUGGAGCUCAGGACGCACCUACACCUGCAGCCUGACCCACCCAGCACUGACCAGCACACUGACCAAGAGCGUCAGUGUGGGUCAGUGCAGCUAGAACCGUCACAUGAGGCUUGACCAUGUUGAAAGAAUCGCUGAUGCUAACACAGCUAGCCACAUUAUGCUAAUAGUAGCUUAAUUUGCAUAACUUCAGUCACAAACUUGAGAAAGAAAGGCAUUUCAUAACCUUAGAACAGUAGAAGUGCUAUUCAUUUCUUUUAAUAUUCUGUCAAAUUGUAAUCAAAGUGAUAUUCAGAGAUCAAUGAUGAAUAAAAGUUGUAUUGAUGAGUAAAA